UGGCUUAAUUUUUCUUACAGGUAAUCAAUGCAUAUUUGGCAGUCAUAGUGCGUGAACACAAUCGCCAGAAUCCUGCAAAAGCAGCAUUCAUUGAUUCAUUUGCUAUGACUGCAAUGUGGCAAAAAAGGACUCAGAGACUCAAGAUUAAACCCCUGGAGUACGACAUUAUUCUGGGAAUUGUAAAUGAGCAUCAUCACUGGACACUUGUGGUCAUCUACCCACAAGAAAAAAAAUCCUUGUACUUGGAUUCGCUGGGGGAGUCGAAGGAAGCAAUUAAAAAAUGUUUGAACACAACAAGGGCUUUCAUGCGAAAAAAAGGCUGCAACUUUUCAAGGUGGACAUGCGGUACUGUACAACACACACAACAAUCUGACAGUACAUCGUGUGGAGUCUUUGCACUGAAGUUUGCAGAAUGUCUGUUGCAAAAGGAAGACACCAGUUUUCCUGCCACGAAAGAGGCCAUAAACAGACACAGGCUAGAAAUUGCUGUUACUCUUCUCCUGGAAACUGAUGACCUGACAGACAGAUGCCACUUUUGUGGGGAACAGGAACAUGAGUCCGAUGUGAACUGGAUUCAGUGUGAUGUUUGUUUGCGGUGGUUCCACCAAAUGUGUGUUCAAGGCCCACCAGCAGAAGAGGAUUUUGUUUGUCUUGCUUGUUAAAGUCCUUAGCUGGAUGAAUAGUAUCUAGAGUUGUAAUUGUUAAAUAGUUGGACCAGUAUGUUAGUUGUGUUUGUUAUUUUUG